AUGGCUUUCUUCAACUAUACUAUUAUCCUCUCUAUUGCCAUUUUCUUCACCAUCUCCUCUGCAACUCAAUUUACCAUAGAUACUGAUAAACAAGCUUUACUUGCACUCAAAUCCAAUUUCCUAAGCAUUAAUUCAUAUACAACCCCACUCUCCAAUUGGCUCAAUGAUCAUUCUUCCCCUUGCAACUGGACUGGCGUCACUUGCAGCCAACAGAGAGUCGUCGAACUCGAUCUCUCCGGCAUGGGUCUCGGGGGUCUCAUUAGCCCCCACAUCGGAAAUCUCUCAUUCUUAACGUCCCUACUUCUUCAAAACAAUCAGCUCUCCGGACCAAUUCCAGACCAAAUCGGAAAACUUUUCCGUCUGAACAAUCUAAAUGUAAGCUUCAACCUUAUCAAUGGAGAAAUCCCGACAAACCUCAGCCGUUGUUCGGACCUUGUCAAUUUAGACCUCAUGCAAAAUCAAAUCUCCGGCAACAUACCCGACGACCUUAGCCGCCUCUCAAAGCUCGAGCGACUAAAUCUGGCACGUAACCGUUUCUUUGGACAGAUUCCUUUAUCGAUCACCAACAUAUCGUCGUUGACUUAUCUGAAUCUGGGUACGAACAGUCUAAUUGGAGGUAUACCGUCGGAGCUGGGAAACCUUCGGAAUCUCCGAAUACUUGAUCUUUCUAUAAACAACCUUAGUGGAAAUGUUCCUCAAUCUGUUUACAAUAUGUCAUCAAUGGUUUAUCUAGUCUUGGCCGAUAAUGACCUUACAGGUGAUCUUCCCACUAAUAUUGGCUUCUCACUUCCAAAUCUUUUAGGGUUUAACUUCUGCUUCAAUAAGUUCACUGGUUCUAUCCCGUCUUCCUUACACAAUCUUACCCGCAUUAGAAGUAUUCGCAUGUCAUGGAUGUUCUUAGAAGGGUCUGUGCCGCCAGGCCUCGAGAAUCUUCAAGACUUGGAAAUGUAUAAUAUUGGUUACAAUAGGAUUGUUAGCAAUGGAGAUGAUGGGUUAAGUUUCCUUACUUCUCUAACCAAUGCAACUCGUCUAUCGUAUCUUGCCAUUGAUGGGAAUCUUCUAGAAGGGAGAAUACCAGAAUCGAUUGGAAGUCUUUCAAAGGACUUGACGAAAUUGUACAUGGGAGGGAAUCGAAUCUACGGCCGAAUUCCGGCGUCUAUUGGGAAAUUGCGUGGCUUAAAGUUAUUGAACUUAAGUCAUAACUUGAUCUCCGGUGAAAUUCCACCGGAGAUAGGAAUGUUAACUUAUUUGCAGGAGUUGGAAUUGUCGGGUAACAGAUUAUCUGGAAAUAUACCGGUCUCAAUUGGAAAUCUUGAGAAGUUGAACAAGGUUUCCAUUUCAGGGAAUAAACUGGUGGGAAGCUUUCCAUUUCAGGGAAUAAACUGGUGGGAAGCAUACCGACAGAAUUCGAGAAAUUUAAGAAUUUGA